UGGACUGAGCUUUGCUGUACCGGUUGAUCUUUUUUCAGCAAUCUUAAGGCCCUUCCAGAGUUGUCAGAUGCCUGUACAACCAUAUUUUGGAUGGGUUAUGUGGAACGUCAGCAAGGAGAACUACAAAACACUUAAACAACGUUACCCCACAUUCCCUAAAGCUGAAGAAGGUGUCUUUGUACAGAAGGUAAUAAUAGGAUUCCCUGCAUAUCGUGCUGGCGUUCAAGAUGGUGAUGUCAUCGUGGAUUUUAAUGGAAAAAAAGUUCGCCAUAUGAAUGACAUGAUGAAGGUAAUGGGAAAGAAAUCCGUGGCAGCUGUUGAUGUAAUUGUGAAGAGAUUCAGGCCUGGCAAGGAUCGUGUGGUUCCUCUGACCAUAAGUUUCGAGCAGAAAGAUGUUGCCGCUCCGAGGUCUCGACUUUGAUCUCAACUUUGAUCGAAAGGUAGUUAUUUGCAGCACGAUAAAAGUCCAGGCGAUCCGUUACCUUGGAUCCUUUAUUUCAUACGAUAACGUGACAUGUAUCAUGUCAUGAAAGAACAUCGAUCU